CUCCGCGCGGUGCACUCUGGGCCUGCCCCGCCAUGUUCCGCUGUGCCGCGAUGCCGGGAGCGUUGUCCGGCUGCCAUCGUCACUAGAGACCGAGGCUGUGCGAAGAGUGGGAGGGCCAACAGCGGGGGAGGCAUCGCACAGUGCGGGGGAGCGAACUGAGAAGCUCGGCGGGGACCGAGGCCGCCACUCGGAGCGGCGCCAUGGCGGCUCGGGACAGGAAGCUGCCGACCGCUGAGCGGGUGGUGAAGUCUGUCCCCUUUCCACCAACCAAUCAUUUGACAUUUGAGGAGAUUUUCAAUGUUGAUGGCAAACCCAAGGUGGACGUUUUGAAAAAUCAUUUAAUUAAAGAAGGUCGUGUGGAUGAAGAAAUUGCACUUAGAAUUAUUAAUGAGGGAGCUGCAAUUCUGAGGAGAGAAAAGACAAUGAUUGAAGUUGAAGCACCAAUAACAGUAUGUGGGGAUAUUCAUGGUCAGUUCUUUGACCUGAUGAAGCUGUUUGAAGUGGGAGGGUCACCAGCCAGCACCAGAUACCUCUUCCUUGGCGAUUAUGUGGACCGAGGAUAUUUCAGCAUAGAGUGUGUUCUCUAUUUGUGGACUCUCAAGAUUCUAUACCCAAGUACUUUAUUCCUUUUACGAGGGAAUCACGAAUGCAGACACCUCACAGAAUAUUUCACAUUUAAACAAGAAUGUAAGAUCAAAUAUUCUGAAAGAGUGUAUGAUGCCUGCAUGGACGCUUUUGACUGCCUUCCUCUUGCUGCACUUCUGAACCAGCAAUUUCUUUGUGUUCAUGGGGGGCUUUCACCAGAAAUUCAUAGUUUAGAAGAUAUUAGAAGAUUAGAUAGGUUUAAGGAGCCACCUGCUUUUGGGCCAAUGUGUGACUUGUUGUGGUCAGAUCCUUCAGAGGAUUUUGGAAAUGAAAAAACGCAAGAUCACUUCAGUCAUAAUACAGUGCGGGGAUGUUCCUACUUCUACAGCUACCCAGCUGUCUGUGAAUUUCUUCAAAAUAAUAAUUUGCUAUCAAUUAUUCGUGCUCAUGAAGCCCAGGAUGCAGGCUACAGAAUGUACAGGAAAAGCCAAACCACUGGGUUCCCAUCGUUAAUUACAAUUUUUUCUGCACCAAACUAUUUAGAUGUCUAUAACAAUAAAGCUGCUGUAUUGAAAUAUGAAAACAAUGUGAUGAAUAUUCGACAGUUCAACUGUUCUCCUCAUCCCUACUGGUUGCCUAACUUCAUGGACGUCUUUACGUGGUCGCUGCCAUUUGUCGGGGAAAAAGUAACAGAGAUGCUGGUUAACGUCCUCAACAUCUGCUCUGACGAUGAGCUCAUGUCUGAGGGAGACGAUGCAUUUGACGGCACAGCAGCAGCUCGGAAAGAAAUCAUUAGGAACAAGAUUCGGGCAAUUGGUAAAAUGGCCAGAGUAUUCUCAGUGCUCAGAGAGGAAAGUGAGAGUGUGUUGACACUGAAGGGAUUAACACCAACUGGGAUGCUACCAAGUGGCGUGUUGGCAGGAGGACGACAGACUCUACAAAGUGCCACAGUUGAGGCAAUUGAGGCUGAUGAAGCAAUCAGAGGAUUCUCGCCACAGCACAAAAUCUGCAGUUUUGAAGAAGCGAAAGGCCUGGACAGGAUUAACGAGCGAAUGCCUCCAAGGAAAGACACUCCUCAGCAAGAUGGCAUCAAUUCAGUUAACACGACAAAUACCAAUGAGAACAAUGGAACUGGCAACAGCAACAUACAGUGACCAUGUCCCCAUCACACACUCGCAUUGCCUAAGAUAUCCCUGAAUCACAGCUUCUGAAAUGGCCAAGGCCAGUAUCUAUGUGUUUUUGAACAGCUGAACAAAUUUGAUGAACUUUAAAUGAUCAGAUAUGGUAAAGACAUCCUGCUUUUGAAAGAAGAUUCAUGUGCAUGCAGCAUAUAAUCAAGACUCCUGGACCCUUGGAAAGUCAGUACUGGUUUCACUAAAUCACGUCUAGAAUAGCAUCUCACACCCAUCAACUUCAACACUUAAGUUUACAAGCAGAAUCUUUCUUGAAUAGCUUUAGUUGCUUUCGAUCAGAAUUUGGACAGAAACCCUAAGUAAUGCUGAAGAGCUGACUAUUUAUUGAUGAACAUUGUUUCAUAAUGUCUACUAAAGACAAGUUUUUAAUUUGUAGAAUGGUCUUAAAAAUAACUCUGAGGCUGUAAAAAGGUGUAUUUUAAAUUUGUAAAAUGCCAAAAUGAAUCUAUUGGGUGGCAGGGCCUUGGUAACAUGCUGACCUCAGGUUGUUUCCUUCCAGCAGACAUUAUUGAUCCUGUGUUAUACUUGCUGCAUUGUAGUUUGUAGGAACGUUUCUUGCUUUAAAAGAAACCAAAGCUAUUUAAGCCAGAAAGUUGAUAGUCCUUACAGUCCCGGCACCUGUCAAGUUGACUUUUCAGGCCCCUUUUUAAGUUUUAUCAUGCAUUUUAAAUUAAUAGCCCACACACAAUAUGAAUUGAAAGGUACUUUUAAUUGAAUUUUGUACAUUAUGGAAAGACAUUUGAAUCAUAUCAAAUCUGUAAAGCUUAGCUGUGUAAUUUGUGUAUGCAUGUUUUUCAUUUUUGCAGAUAUUUAAUAUAUAGACAUUUAAUGUACAGGACAGUAAUCUAUAAGAUUACAUAAAUGUAAUGGAUACUUUUUAGUGCAUUGUGAGUAUUCGACUGGCUUAUACUGUGCCGACCCCUGAGUCUGGAAGAGCUUCAGGCAUUUUAAUAUGUUUCUGUUUAUGCGAUGCAAGCUAUGGCCCAGUUUAAAAAACAGGAUUGUGGUGACAGUCUCAAAUCAAGGUUGCAUGUUAAAUUUUUAUAAGAUUGCUUUGUUUAAAUACAUCAUGUCAAAGGUUGUGUUGUGUUCAAUUAGCUAAUGAUUGUCACCCCUUGCCUGGUUGCAUUUUUAUACAUUUACUACCUGGUUAAUUUCUUGUUUUCCCACCAUCAAACACAAUUUUAAACAUAAGGCACAAACAAAAUCAUCUCCCUUUUUUUUUGUUUGCCAUCAGCACAUGUACAUAACUCUCAGCUGGAACGUGUAUGUCUGCUCUAAAAUAUUUAAAUAUUUUAUAGGAUGGUACACAAUAAAUGUUGUGUAUGGGCCACUGCUUUUA